AUGCCCCCCGAGGGAGCGAGCGGCUUGUGGCGCUCCGAAGACAUGGUGCGCCUCGACAUCAUUACGCAACGUGAGGUUCUGCAUGAAACGGUUCUCCGCCUCGGCCUGAUUGGCAAGGCGCAGUUUGUCGACUUGAAUGAAGACAUGACGGCGUUCAUGCGUCCUUACACCCCAGAAAUUCGCCACCUUGAUGAGUUGGAGCGCAAACUAUCUGUCGUAGCAAAGGAAUUGGAGAGGGUGAGCUGUCUAGAAAAAGAAGAAGAAUGCGCCCCACCAUUUAAAGCACAAGAGGAUAUUUUGUCGCUGAUGCGUCUCACUAUGCUGGACGAGGUGGAAGAGAGGGUCAAUACAGUCGUGGCGGAGCUGCACGCCGUGAAUGAAUCCCUGCAGGGGCUACGGCGUGAGAUUAACUACAACCAUGAGUUGUCGCUGCUCCACACAAGGCUGCAGGAGUUGAUGCCGUCUCGAACUGUUCAGUCGUUUGCCGCGGAUGUGCAGACACCGCACGUGCUGGGGGUAAUCGCCGCCGAAAAGGCGGAGAUACUGUACGCCGUGGUGUACCGGGCGACCAAAGGUAACUCCCUGAUUGAACUAGACAACAGACCUGUCAUGCUACUCGACCCGGAUACGGGCGAGCGGUGCGUCGCCAAGACGCCCUUUGCAGUUUUCGCCCCUUCACCAGGCGUACUGGAACGGGUGGAGCGGCUCCUCGGCAGCCUCGGCGCGACGGUGCACACAAUGAGCGGUGUAUCACACCAGACAAGGGAGGAACUGAACCGGUCAAUGGAGGAGCUCCAACUGAUGUAUGGGCGGGUAGAGCAGCGCAAGAUGGAGCUGCUGACGCAGCAUAAUCGCCACCACCGUGCUAACCUCCGUUUUGUACAGAUAGAGAAACAGGUCUUCGCCCAAAUGAAUUUCUGCGCUGUCUCUGGGACGACCUGUACCGCCUCUGUGUGGAUCCCGCAGAAGUACGAAGAGGCCCUGUCCACAGCUUUGAAGGACGCGGUGCAUGCGUCAUCCGGAAGUGUUCCCUCGGUGGUUUCGCCACACCUUUCACAGUGUAACCCACCCACGUAUUUCGAGACAAAUGCCUUUACAGAAUCUUUCCAGUCCAUUGUUGACAGCUACGGUAUGGCGCGUUAUAAGGAAGUCAACCCGGGCGUCUUCACCAUCGUGACAUUCCCAUACCUCUUUGGGAUCAUGUACGGUGACAUUGGCCACGGCAUGCUGCUCAUGUUCUUUGCCCUCUACUUCAUCGCAAUGGAGCGCAGCUGGAGGGGCUAUCGGCUGAAUGAGAUACUUGCAAUGCUCUUUGGUGGACGCUACCUACUUUUGCUGAUGAGCCUAUUUUCCAUUUAUAUGGGUGCCCUCUAUAAUGACUUUUUUGGAUUCUCGGUUGGGAUGUUCUCCAGCGCGUACUCGUGGCCACCAAUCGCCGAGCAGAAGGGCACGGUGGAGCCAACAGAGGUGCAAAACCAGACGCGUGUCUACCUGUUCGGCCUCGACGCGGCGUGGGCGGAGACGGAGAACAAGCUGGAGUUCUACAACUCUGUGAAGAUGAAGUGCGCCGUCAUAGUCGGUGUUCUGCAAAUGCUUACAGGAAACGUACUCUCACUGCUAAACUACCUGCGUAAUAGGGAGUUUGCCAAGAUUCUGUUCCUCUUCAUCCCAGAGACCGUCUUCCUGCUGUGCACGUUUGGCUAUAUGUCCGUUGCAAUCGUAAUCAAGUGGUGCACGCGGUGGGAAAACACGAGUGAGGCACCAAGCAUUCUGGAAACCAUGACGAACUUUUUCCUGCAGCCCGGCACCGUGACACAGCCGCUCUUUAACGGACAAGCCGUGCUGCAGCUGGUUUUCCUGCUCGUCGCCUUUGCCAUGGUCCCGGUGAUGUUGGUGAUGAUGCCCCUUGUGGAGCUCCGGAAGGAGAGGCGGCGACGAGCGGAGUACGCGGUGUUGAGGGACGGCGCCUCGAUGCGGUCCAUUGGCGCGGGGGACGGCAGGCAGCACACCUCCAGCGUACUUGUGGGGAGCAGAAACGUAUCGCCGGCGGAUGGGGUGGACUUCGUGCCCAGCAGGCACUCCCUGACGGCUCCAGAUGACGUGUACUCCAACAGCGGGAACGCCGGUGUUGUCGCUGAUGUGACGCCUCACUUUGAUUUUUCAGAGGUGGCCAUCCACUACGUGAUUCACACCAUUGAGUAUGUGCUUGGCUGCGUGNUGAUGUGA